GGCGGGGCGCAGGAGGGGCUCAACAUUGCCCAGCCAGCUGCAACCCGCAGGGUCCGUGGCUGCUCAACUUCUGCUAGCGUGGAGAGAAUCUCCCGGUGGAUCGCUACUCCCCUUCUUACGUGUGGUGGUCAGUGCGAUUCUGCAUGGGAGAGCUGGACAAGGAGAAGAGCCUGGAUAGCUUUUCACCUUGGAAGUCACUGGAGACAGACAGACAUUGGCAUCUGGGAAGCGGCUUAUUACCAUCUACCAGUCUUCCCCCCAGCUGGGGAGUUCAGCAACCCUCUGGCUGGUAAGUUCUCAUCGAUUUGGCAAGCAGUGGGGCCUGAGAGGAAGGAGGACUCCAGCAGGCCAGAUUCAGAUGGGCUUGGCGUGGUGGUUCCUUCCUUAGCUGGCGACUAAUGUCCCAGAACCUUCGGGAGAAGAGCCAGGCCUACCAGCGACACCGACCUAGUAGCAACACAGGCCCUAAAAGCCUCGAAGUCACCCCAGCAGCAGCCAUGUACACUUUCCUGCCUGACAAUUUUUCACCUGCCAAACCCAAGCCCACCAAAGAGCUGAGGCCUCUGCUAGGCUCGGCGGUGUUGGGACUACUGCUGGUGCUGGCAGCGGUUGUGGCCUGGUGUUACUACAGCGCCUCCCUACGCAAAGCCGAACGCCUGCGUGCAGAGCUGCUGGACCUCAAUCCUGGCGGCUUCUCCAUCCGUAACCAGAAGGGUGAGCAAGUCUUCCGCCUGGCGUUCCGUUCAGGUGAGCUGGAUCUGGACUCCUGUAGCCGGGAGGGUGCCCGGCUUGGCUGCUCCCAAACGGUCGAUGGGCGCCCGUUGCACUUCUUCAUCCAGACUGUAAAACCCAAGGACACUGUCAUGUGCUACCGCGUGCGCUGGGAAGAAACUACACCGGGGCGUGCUGUGGAGCAUGCCAUGUUUCUGGGAGAUGCUGCGGCGCACUGGUAUGGCGGCGCAGAGAUGAGGACGCAACACUGGCCUAUCCGCCUGGAUGGCCAGCAGGAGCCGCAGCCGUUUGUCACGAGCGACGUCUACUCUUCUGACGCCGCCUUCGGGGGCAUCCUUGAGCGCUACUGGUUAUCUUCACGCGCGGCAGCCAUCAAAGUUAAUGACUCCGUGCCCUUCCACCUGGGUUGGAACAGCACGGAGCGUUCGAUGCGGCUGCAGGCACGCUACCACGACACGUCUUACAAGCCACCAGCUGGCCGUACUGCAGCGCCAGAGCUCAGCUAUCGCGUGUGCGUGGGCUCAGAUGUCACCUCCAUCCAUAAGUACAUGGUUCGGCGUUACUUCAACAAGCCAUCCAGGGUACCAGCAGCAGAGGCCUUCCGAGACCCCAUUUGGUCCACGUGGGCGCUGUAUGGGCGCGCCGUGGACCAGAACAAGGUGCUGCAAUUCGCCCAGCAGAUCCGUCAGCACCGCUUCAACAGCAGCCACCUGGAAAUCGAUGACAUGUACACACCCGCCUAUGGCGACUUCGAUUUCGACGAGGGCAAGUUCCCCAAUGCCACUGACAUGUUCCACCGCCUGCGAGAGGCUGGCUUCCGCGUCACACUUUGGGUGCAUCCAUUUGUCAACUACAACUCGUCGCGCUUCGGCGAGGGCGUGGAGCGUGAGCUGUUCGUGCGCGAACCCACGGGCCGGCUGCCAGCGUUGGUGCGCUGGUGGAACGGCAUUGGCGCAGUGCUGGACUUCACGCGCCCAGAGGCCCGAGACUGGUUCCAGGGACAUCUACGACGCCUGCGCUCACGCUACAACGUGGAAUCUUUUAAGUUCGACGCGGGUGAGGUCAGCUACCUGCCCCGGGACUUCAGCACCUACAGGCCUCUGCCUGACCCCAGUGUGUGGAGCCGACGAUACACCGAGAUGGCGCUGCCCUUCUUCUCUCUAGCCGAGGUCCGCGUCGGGUACCAGUCACAAAACAUCUCCUGUUUCUUCCGCCUGGUGGACCGCGACUCGGUAUGGGGCUACGACCUGGGGCUGCGCUCUCUUAUCCCCGCAGUGCUCACGGUCAGUAUGCUGGGCUAUCCGUUCAUCCUGCCCGAUAUGGUGGGUGGCAACGCGGUGCCAGAGCGCACAGACGGCCGCCAAGAUGGGCCGGGGCCGGAGCGCGAGCUCUAUGUGCGCUGGCUGGAGGUGGCGGCCUUCAUGCCUGCCAUGCAGUUUUCAAUCCCGCCCUGGCAGUACGACGCAGAAGUGGUAGCUAUCGCACACAAGUUCGCCGCUCUGCGCGCCUCGCUCGUGGCACCACUGCUGCUCGAGCUCGCUGGUGAGGUCACCGACACUGGCGACCCCAUCGUGCGCCCCCUGUGGUGGAUCGCACCGGGGGAUGAAACCGCUCACCGCAUCGACUCGCAGUUCCUUAUCGGGGACACGCUGCUGGUGGCGCCGGUGCUGGAGCCUGGUAAGCAGGAGCGUGACGUCUAUCUGCCCGCCGGCAAGUGGCGCAGCUACAAGGGUGAGCUUUUUGACAAGACGCCGGUGCUGCUCACGGAUUACCCAGUCGACCUGGACGAGGUCGCCUAUUUCACCUGGGCGUCCUGACCCACUUCGAGACCUAGUAGGAAUCCCACAGCCCUAAUCCCAGCCUUCAUGCAGAGUUUUAAUCCUUUACCAUACCUAAAUGGUGCACCCUCAGGAAGUUCCCACCUCCGUUCCUCCUAGGAAAUGGGCACUGACUUAAAAGUGCUCCAGCCAAACAGAUGGAAGUGCUGGAACAACCCCCUGCCCCAGUGCACAGUCCUAACAGCCCCACCCCACCCCGGACAUUGACUCCAGUCUUCAGAAACCUCUUCCCUGGGUCGGAGACCAGAGAACUCAGGACAAAGGUCUGUUCUUUCUGUUACACAGGGUCUGGUUUUAAAAGCACACAGAGAAACCUCUUUUCCCCCUGGCCUUUGUAGCCGUCUCUGUCCUCUGAGAUGAGGAACCGAUUAUCUUAGAAAGUUCCCAAAUAGUUUCCUACCAUAUUUAGAAAGUGUACCUUUAGCUGGGCAGUGGUGGCGCCUGCCUUUAAUCCUGGCACUUGGGAAGCAGAGGUAGGCAGAUCUCCGAGUUAAAGGCCAUCCUGUUCUACAGAAUGAGUUCCAGGACAAGCCAGGGCUAUACAGAGAAACCCCGUCUUGAAACAAAAAAAAAAGAAAGAAAAGAAAAAUAAAAAAAAGCAAGUGUACCUUCUUGAUGACAGCAGCGAGGCCCUGAGCUGCUAACACACACCUGGACAGUGAUUGACCUGGUCCUACUCCAUCUGGGGAAGAAAAGAUACAGACGUUUGGUUUGGCCAGCUGACAAGGAAGCAAAAGGUCUCUUCCCAGGCAGCAGGAGAGCUGGGCUCAGCCUGAACUAAUUGUCUCUGUGAACAGACUCAGCACUGCACUAACCUAUUUGUGUACACUCUGAACUCAACCUUGGACCCAGCCCUGGGCUGCAAGUGCCUAGUGGGCAGAUUUGCAGGGCCAUGCAGGCCGGACUCAAUGCCUUAAUUCAAGAACCUGUGUCUAUGUGUAUGUGUACACAUACUUAUAUCUGUGUGUGUGUAUGUGUGUGUGUGAGAGAGAGUGUGUGUGUAUGUGAGAGAGAGAGAGUGUGUGUGUGUGUGUGAGAGAGAGAGAGAGAGAGAGAGAGAGAGAGAGAGAGAGCGCCACUGUGGGUCUCUAAUCCACACAAUGAACGGAAUAUCCCUGAGGCUGUGGAUAAACCUAGAGAGAGGAGGAUCCAGGGGCAAACUCAAGACUUUGAUUGUUGAGCUAACCCCUUCCCAGAUGGUUUCCCUAGGAGAACGCCAGCCAAGUUUAAGGAUUCAAAACACUAGAGCUGGCCUGAGGAGGUGACUCGGUAGGUGAAGGCACUUACUGGUGAGCCUGACAACCUGAGUUCAAUCCCUAGAUCAUGUUUUAAAAGGAAAUAAACAGCCCUUUAAAAUUACUUAACUGUCAGCCGGGCGGUGGUGGCGCACGCCUUUAAUCCCAGCACUCGGGAGGCAGAGGCAGGCGGAUCUCUGUGAACCCAAGGCCAGCCUGGUCUACAGAGCUAGUUCCAGGACAGCCAGGGCUACACAGAGAAACCCUGUUUCAAAGAAGAAAAAAAAAUUACAUAGCUGUCUCACUCUGCACACAUGCUCAAGUGUGGCCUAAAAGGGAACCCUUACUCUGGUAGUGAUGUGUGCGGCACAUGAAUGGCAUUACACACGGACUCCGGCCAACACAUGUAUCGGGAAGGUCUUUCAUCUCAGAAAUUCUGUUCUAAGAUCAACUCCAGUCAGGUUUUCCCAACUCUGGCUAAGUCUGGAGGAGCGACUUGCCAGAGAAGGUGGACCACGAGGACCGCCUCUCAGCUUCCCUCAGUGGCUCUGACAACAGCACCUGUGCCUGAAUCCUUCAUUUUUCUCUGGGUGAAAAGCCCUGAGCUUCAGGGUUCCCACAGACGUCCUUCUCCAGUGCCAAUUCUUUUGUUUCUUUUCAUUGGCGGUGUUGAAGACAGAACCCAGAGGCCCAAGCAUACUAAGCAAGCUCUCUUCCAGUGAGCUACUUCCCCAGUUGGUCUUUACUUGCCAGUCAGCUGGGUGACCUUGAAUAAGCCGCUUAACCCCACUGAGCCUCUCUGAAAGUGAUGAUGGUGCCUACCUCUGAGGUCAUUGUAAUAACAAGCACAGAUAUACAGAGAGUGCCUGGCACAAAGCAGGUGCCCAAUAAAAGAUGGCUCUUGUGG